UGUGCUGCUUCAGCAUCUCCUCCUCCCGCUCCCGUGUCCCGUUACUCUGCCGCAGCGUGCUCCUCGACCUCGCUAAAAGCCAACUGGAGUAGUAGCCAACCGCCCUCCUCUCCCUUCCCUCCCUCACGCACAAAGCAGAGCAGGCAACGGCACAGCACAGCACAGCACAGGUAGAGAGAGAAAGAGGAGCGCAGAGCCAAAGAAGCAGAGCAACAGCAGCAGGUCGAGGAAGAAGAGAAGGGAAGAGGAAGAGGAGAGAAGGCCAGGAGGCAGCAGCAACCAAGAAGGGGGAAGAGAGCAAGAUGCUGCGCGGGGGCACGAGCGUGCUGGGGAUCAUCAACUUCAUCACCUUCCUGAUCUCGAUCCCGAUCCUAGGCGGCGGCAUCUGGCUAGCCUCGCGUGCCAACUCCACCGACUGCAUCCGCUUCCUGCAGUGGCCCAUCAUCGUCGUGGGUCUCGUCCUCAUGGUCAUCUCCCUCAUGGGCUUCGCCGGCGCCUGCUACCGCCAGACCUGGCUCCUCCGCCUCUACCUCUUCGCCAUGUUCUUCGUCGUCCUCGCCCUCCUCUUCUUCAUCGUCUUCGCCUUCGCCGUCACCGACCGCGGCGACGGACAGGUCGUCAUGAACCGCCGGUUCCCCGAGUACCAGCUCUCCGACUACAGCGGCUGGCUCCGCGACCGCGUCGCUGACCCGGAGUACUGGGCCACCAUCAGCGCUUGCCUCCGCGACGGCCACGCCUGCGCCGGCAUGAGGCGCCUCGCAAGGGACCCCAACACCGGCAUGCUCGUGCCGGAGACGCCUGCCAUGUUCUACGGCCGCAACCUCUCCCCGAUUCAGUCUGGAUGCUGCAAGCCACCGACAUCAUGUGCAUUCACCUAUAUGAACGAGACGUACUGGACACAAAACCCUGGUGUGCCGACUGUGAUGAAUGACCCUGACUGCAGCAGGUGGAGCAACGACCAGCAGAUGCUGUGCUUCCAGUGCGACUCAUGCAAGGCUGGCGUCCUAGCGGGCAUCAAGAAGAGCUGGCGCAAGGUGGCCAUCCUGAACAUCGUGGUGUUGAUCAUCCUUGUGAUUGUCUAUGUCGCGGGCUGUGCCGCAUUCCGCAAUGCCAAGAGGAUCGAGAAUGACGAGCCGAUCGGCAUGGCACGGAUGACCAAGUCCCAUCCUAGCAGGUUCCAGUUCUAGGCAGCUGCUGCUGCGGGUUUGGAAGCUUUUGCCUUGUACAAAUGAUCACAAUGGGUGGUGCUAAGGCUUAGGCUUUGUUAUAUCUUACUGAAAUGUGGAUUCUACUGCAUUUGGUGGUGAAAAGGGGAAGUUCAGUGUGGUUUGAGUUUGUGUUUGUGUUUGCUUUAGUGUUUAGGGUAGGCCUAUUAUGUUGUAGGGGUACAAUAUGAGAUCUGCAAAGAACAAGAGAAGUUAAAUCAUCUAGGAGCUGUUCUGUAUUGGAGAUUUUUAAAUUCUGGGGGAUAGUUGUAUGAUGGUGCCAGUCAUGAUGGAAUAUUUUCUGAAUAUCUCACUGUAUGGCAAUACUAGAGGUGUGA